GUCCGUCAGUGCACUCUUCUCCAUAGAAUUAUGAUCUCCCAAAGAGCGGCUCCUGCGCUUCAACACUUGUCAAAUAAACACGCCACGAGCUGUCCUCAGUGAACCACGACUCGUGUCGCUCACUCCUCUUUCUUUACGGGUGUUUUUUGCUUCUCUUUUUUACGCUGGAUUUCUCGUGUAAGAAUAUGUGCGUGGAGAGCGAUGGAUGCGAGAUUGAAGGCUGCAGCAGUUCGGACGAGGUGCACACGCUGUCUGGAAGCAUGAGCCCGGCUCUCAAAUCCAGCCCGGACCUGCACCCGUGCAAACCGGGACACAAGGUCCACGCCGCGCUGCUCCGGUGCCGCUCACCGGCUGCUGCUGCCGGGAUCCUUACCUUUGGGAACAUCCUCAAUUACAUGGACAGAUACACUGUGGCCGGCGUUGCACAAGACAUCCAGAAGCACUUUGACCAGUCAGACAGUGGGGUUGGCCUUCUCCAAACAGUCUUCAUCUGCAGUUUCAUGGUGGCGGCUCCCAUCUUCGGUUACCUUGGCGACCGCUUCAACAGAAAGGUCAUCCUGAGCUGCGGCAUUUUCUUCUGGUCCAUUGUUACUCUGCUGAGCUCGUUCAUCAGCAAAGAGUACUACUGGUUGUUCGUGCUGUCCAGAGGGUUGGUGGGCAUCGGUGAGUCCAGUUACUCCUCCAUCUCUCCCACCAUCAUCGGAGACCUGUUCACCAACAACAGUCGAACCAUGAUGCUGUCUGUCUUCUACUUGGCCAUUCCACUGGGGAGCGGACUCGGCUACAUCCUGGGCUCUAGUGCGAAAGUGGCAGCAGGAGACUGGCACUGGGCACUGCGGGUUUCUCCUAUGUUGGGUAUCACUGCUGGAACGCUGAUGCUUGUAUUUGUCCCGGAGCCCAAAAGGGGGAGUGCCGACCAGAUGGGGGGCCGCAUCAGGACCCGGACCUCCUGGUGCUGUGACAUGAAAGCCGCAAAGAAUCGGAGUUAUGUUUUUUCAUCGCUUGCGUCUGCGGCGGUGUCCUUCGCCACAGGUGCUUUUGGGAUGUGGAUUCCUUUGUACCUCACCAGAGCCCAGGAAGUUCAAAAGACCGCUGUACCAUGUGGAAACAACCAGAUCUGCAACAGCACAGACAGUAUGAUUUUCGGGGCCAUCACCUGCGUCACUGGACUUCUGGGUGUGGUCAUAGGAGCCGCCACCACUCGCCUCUGUCGCCAGAAGACCGAGCGUGCGGACCCCCUGGUGUGCGCCGUGAGCAUGCUGGGAUCCGCCAUCUUCAUCUGCCUCAUCUUCGUUGUGGCCAAAAAGAGCAUCAUUGGAGCUUACGUGUGUAUCUUCAUUGGAGAAACGUUACUCUUCCUGAACUGGGCCAUCACAGCAGAUAUUUUAAUGUUUGUGGUCAUCCCGACACGGAGAGCAACAGCAGUGGCUUUUCAGAGCUUCACCUCUCAUCUUCUGGGAGACGCAGGAAGCCCGUAUCUCAUCGGACUGAUCUCAGAUGGUCUUCAGAAGAGCUACGCCACGUCAACCCUGUGGAAGUUCCUGAGUCUGGGAUGCCUCAUGCUCUGCCCCUUCAUCAUCGUCCUGGGGGGCAUGUUCUUCCUAGCAACGGCGCUGUUUUUCCUUGACGACCGGGAGAAGGCUGAGAAACACUUGGCUCAGCUCACACAAAGGCCAUCCUCUGUCAAGGUAUGACAAGGUGGGACAAAUUUGAAGAGCUUUCCGAUGGAGCCACCAAUCUGGAGGACAAGAUGCAAGGGGCAGCUUUUCCCUUUUUAGUCCAUCCUCUUCCUCGUCAUCAUCAUCAUCCUCUGUUUUGGCCCUGUUUUGCAUAAGCUCUGAACUGGAUCGAGGGUGCGUCUGGCCCCUCCAUAAAAGACAGUCAAAAUCACAGAGGGUUUAAAUCUGUGAGCAUCCACUGAACCUUCCACAAGAGGACAAAGGGUGGACUCCUCUUCCUCAGAUGCCAUACUACUGAAUGCUGGCCAUGAUCCUGCCCUGUCUGUCUGCCUGUCUGUCUGCCUGUGUCUCUGUCUGCGUGUCUGUCUGGUAUUUUGGUCGUCUCUUUUGUACCAAGUGCCAUAACAUUUACAUUCCUAGGAACUUUGCACUGAUCACCAACAACCCUCAUUUUAUUAGUGGCUGUGGUUACAUGCACCUGAGAAUGGAGGAGUGGAAAUUGGAAGUUGUUUCUGAUCAUUUGCAACUUUUCUCAUUUCAGUUAUUGGGUUAGAUCAGGGUGUCCAAACUUUUUUUCCUCAUAUUGGUGGUUUUCAGAUUCUUGAAUGUGAUGAUGAAAUUGAUUACAUUGUACUUUCAUGACGAAUAUCUAAAAAGUAAAUUCACAAAUGUAUGACCUGAUCAUUUCUAUUAGUGACUAGAUCCAAGAACUAAACAUUACAACAAAAAAAUGCAAUUCAAUAAUAAUAAUUUUAGCUGCCCUCCCUUUUUUAUUAAAUAUCGUAGUGAAAGACCGCAGUAGCCUUUCCGAUAGAUGCAAUUUCCAUAGGUUUGAGAGUUCCACAACACCUUUAAAAAAUCUUGGCACGCAAAUUUUAGGUCUGUACCACAAUGCAAUUCGAUGUUAUUGAGCUUGCAGUGAUAGAGAUACUUGAAUUUGAAGUAAAAAGUACUAUCUAUGGUCAUUUGGGCCAAUUCAGCAGCACUAAAUCUGACCCCAGACCAUAGUUUGGACACCUCUGGGUUAGAUUAUUGGGUUUACAUUUUAUAUUCUCUCACUAAAAACGAAACAUUCCUUUUGAAAUUCAUUUUCUGAACAUAAAGAGAACAGACUUUUAAUCAUUUUUAUUUAAUAUUUUAAACAUAACUUCUCCCUCUAAAGUCUGAACUCAAACCAUAUGCUUAUACUGACGUAGACUGACGGCUUCUCCAUUCAAACACUGACUAUUAAAAAUGACUUAGCCCCUAGUGAAACACAGAACAUGUAUUGCAUUCAAGAAUUACUUCAAUUUUCUUCCGCAUUUCUUCACAUUAUAUUCUGAUCUAAAUGUUACUCAGUUAUUUAGACUAAGUACUAAAAAAUCCACUGACAAAUGUAUCCGAUUACUUUACCACUUUGUAUUCUCAUUACAUGUAACCACAGCCAAACCGAGCCAAAAAAUGUUACUGUCUCGACAUCCAAGAACCAGCCUUAAAUAUCAAACUGGAGCUUUCACAUUGUUAACAUCAAGUCAUGCGUUUCAUUUGACCCUUUCUGUGUUUGUACUUUUUACCAUUUUUUAGCACUUAACUCAGUGCAUCGUGCCAGAGAAAGACAGAGACAUUUAUGCACAUUAUUAUGAAUUAUUAUUAUUAUUAUUCACAAGACUGUAAUUCUUGUGAGUAUUUCCUGUUGUGUGAAUGUGUGAGAGAGAAGUUACUGCCUUUAGUUAAUGAUUUUGAAUAGGACACUGGAUAAUUCUAUGUUUUAUAAUUUAUAUUGUUGUAUAUGCUUUUUCCACAGUUUUAAGCUUCUUUUUUUAUCAACAAAGCAAAAUGAAAAAUAUCAAUCCGAAGGCAACUUCCCACACCACCUUUAAAGUAGGACGUACGCCCACAUGGAGAGACACUUUAAUUACAGACCCCAUCAAGGCCAUUGUUAAGUCUUACAAUUGUACGUAUCUCAUUCCACCAUUAGAAGAAAAAAGCUUUGAAAUUAUGUAGAAAUCAAAAUUGCAGACAGGAAGAGGAAAUCCAUUGGCCCGGGUUGAUGAUCUGAUCUCUGAUGAAGAGUCCUUUCAUUGAGAGUCGAGAAGAGAGGAAUCCACCUUUGAAACUAGACCAGAAAAUCUCCAAAGUCCACUUAAUUACCUGCUUUAAAUAGCGGCCAGGAACCAACUCGCAGAAAUCUUGGUCUUGUUAUCUUCGCUGUUGCAUCUACAGCCCAAAACCUGAAGAUUGAAUAUUAUAAAUCAGUCAUUUUGUGAACUCUUUUCAGUAAAUUAAUUUCAUCUGUUUAAAUUAUAGAGGGGUGUAACAGGUUAAGCAUAACCAGAGGAUUGUUGAUUGAAUCCCCAGAAUAUUUUGUCCUUGGGUAAAACAUUCAUAGCGCCUAUUCAAGUUAUGCUUUGGCAGAAGAAUUAAUUGUUUAAUAAAGUCUGGAUUAAGCCUGGGCGAAUUGGCAAUACAAACCUAAUUAUUAUAUCAUUUCUGUGACAAAAUCCUAUUCCUUUGAUAUUGUCCAAGCGUGACCUAUUUAAUGCAGAUCGAGGCGCAAAAAUACUACAAGACACUUCCUAACCUACUAUUCUGUGAGACUUUGAGUGAGUGACAGGUGGAUUUAACCAAACACAGUGAAGCUUCACAAAUGGUCAAUGGAUUUUGUUACCUCAAAAGAAAUAUAUUGUGAUCUUGCACUGAGAAAACCAUGAUAAUAUUGUUUGGCAUAUUCCCUACUCUUAGUUUGAAUCUGUAACUUCAAAUCAUGAUAAAAGCUUUCAACUUCCAGACUUUUUAAAAACCUUGAAGCUGAGAGUUGAGUCACUGGCUCAAAAAUACAUAUGAAAGACUCUUCACAGAUAAAAAGUGCUUUAUUCUUCAGGCUACAGCAACCUUAAGAAUAAAUAGAGAUUCGUGUUGCAUUGAUGUAAGAGCAUGAGUCACAACUGUCUCUCUGAGUGGGCUCCGUCCUUGUUGCCACAUAUUUAGCUUUAGCUUAACUGAAUGUGAUCACGUCCAACCCGGUAUACUUCUUAAGCUUCUUACUUUAUGAACUUGUUUUUUUAUGUUACCAAAUGAGUUUUAUAACUACAAUAGAGAUCUAUAUAUAGCUAUAUCAUGCAGCCACUUUAAUAUAUUGUAAAUGAUGGCUUCAAUGCAAUGUAUUUAUUUGUUAUGAAGAAUAAUGUGUAAAGGGAAGUUUCUGUUUUUCAGUAUGAAUGCCUGUAUCACAACACAAUACCUUUCAAAUCAAUAACCAUCCUAUUUACUGUGAUCAUGAAUGACAUUUUACACACAAAACUAUAGGAAGAGAGAUACUACAGUAGAUGGUGUUAUUGUAGCUCUUAUGCAUGUUUUUCGACCAUUUUGCACAUGUUAAGUUCAGGGAUUUGUUUGAAGCAUAGCGUAAACCUCACAUCAAUUCAUGCUCACAGUAAGACAUAGGUGCAAAUUAUUGAAUCAGAAUACUGUGCAUAGAAAAGGCGACUAUACUGCACUUUUCUGUCUUAUUCUCAUUUUUUUGAAAUGUACCUAUCAUGUCAUAAGAAGGAACAUUGAAAUAAGUGUCACUUUGCCAAAUUGAGUUGAUUUGAAAACCUGUCCACUGCUUAGAUCAUUUUGGUAAGACUUUAUAAUAACUACACUUUUGAUUAGCCUUAUGAGCACAGAUGUAAUACAUGAUGAAGAAGUUAAUUAAGAAUGACUCAAGAGUUGUAACUACUUAAUUAAUAUCUUAACUCCUAACCCCAGCCCAACUUAAUUAAAUAGUUACUAAACCUGAAUUAUUCUUAGUAAAUAGCUAUGUCUUUGUUCAUGCUUUAUUAAAGCUAGUUGAAGUACAGUUAUUAUAAAGUGGGACCGCCAUUUUGUCUUCUUCAUCACUACAACAGUGAUGUACCAAGAAUGUGCUUUUUCUUGUCAUACAAGAAUCCUGUAUAAAUAGACCUAUUUCUGAUGUUGAGCAGAAAACAAAGGUUAUUUUAUUUUUAGAGGAAGUACAUGAAAUACAUGACACCUGUUUGAAAAAAAAUCUAAGGAUAAUGUUUAGAAUUGAACUGUGAUGCUCCCUUGGAGGGCUGAUAGACAAAUGUAAAUGUCUGUAAAUCAAAUAAACCUAUUUAAUCACUUCAUACCUCUA